UUGACUUUGUUUUCUACGUUCAGUGUGGCACUAGUGUGAUCACCGGGCAGAUUCUAUCGAUUGAUCAUUCGGUGGUGUAAAUCGGCGCGCAUUUUUCGCGUAGUUUAAAUCUCUCUAGUCCCCGUGCCAAUAAGUAAUAAUCGUUGUCGUUCUUUUUCACGAGCAGGUGUAUAUCGAUGGUGAAUAUGAUUUUUUCGAAAAUAAUAGUGUGCGUCGUUAUACCAUUGCUAUCUUCCACGUUCGUUCAGUCAAACCGAGAUUUUGCUCAUCGUUUGACUACUAUUGAAGAUUUAGCGACACGUGACAACGUCAUAAACGUGCCGGUAGCUUUGCCUACUGGUUAUGUUGUGAAUCGACCGUCUCAAAAUAUAGCUUCUGCAGGAGAUCGAGUGGACGUUAACAAAGAACCAAGCAAAGAAGUUUCAGAAACUGAUAUGUAUUUAUUAGGAGCUAUAGAAAAAUUGGUGCAUAGAAUGGACUUAAUGGAAAAACGAUUGAAACGAUCAGAAGAACUAAUUCAACAUAUUGUAGAAGGAAACGCAGCCAACAGAGAAGAUCCUUGUCCAGGCAAUUUUACGCGUAUCUCACACACAUGUUAUCACUUUAGUGAGAGACAGUAUAACUGGAAGUCAGCCAUGUCGAUGUGCAAGAGUUUGGGAGGAAAUUUGUUAGAAUUCGACAACAAAGACGAACAAAUUGACGUGCUGACGUACCUCAUCGGUGACAAGUAUCUAAGAGGUUACGACUAUUGGACGGGCGGCCUAAACCCUGGACUGCUUUGGAUAUGGGCUAACAGCGCGCGGCCCGUUGUGCCCAAGGAUUCGACGAGGCCCGAGGAUCAGAUCAGCGGGUCCGGUCGGUGUUUGCGCCUCACACCUAACGCGACGACAAAGGUAUACUCGUACUCUGGCGCUGAGUGUAGUAACCGGCACCGAUACGUGUGUAAACACGAGGAGAACGCUACGGAUAAAGCGCUGACCAGGAUACACAAAGCGCUUAAGGACGGCAGCCAGCAACCGAAACCGACUACUGUUUUCGGAUCAUCGCCACUGAUUGCGGCCACCGUAUAACCGUAUGCACUAUACUUUUAUAAGAUAAAUAAUAAUCUAUUGUAAAUUAUGUGAUAACCGAUAAGUAAUUCACGCAUUACCUUUAUGUGUAUAAAUAAUUAAUUGUGAAUUCGUUAAGUCCUACGAAAAAUAAUUUGAACGCACGUGAAACUCGCGAACGGCUAUGAAACUUAAUCGUACAAAAAUCGAGAUUAAUAUAAUAGUAAUAGGUAUUGUAAUUUUUUUUUUUAUUAUUUAUAUAUAACAUAUAAAUUAAUGUUUUCUGAAGACCGCUUCUCAACGUACGUACUCCUUAUUUUUUACGUAUUUUGUCAUUAUGUCAUAUUUAUAUUUAUUACACAUUCCACGGAAUAUUUUAAUAAAAUA